UUGAGCGUGAUUACAACCUAAUGAGCGACCAUGCAGUUGGGAGAGUCCAGUUUUUUCUGCUUGGAGACCGCUUCUCUAAUUUGGAAAUGACUUCUGAAAGCGGCACGGAAAUCUACAUCAUUUCUUCAGAAAAGGGAUGUCUCUACGAAGUCGAAGUAGAUACUACCGAACCAGAUUUGGGAAAUCCUUGUCAAAAUCCUGUAGUUUCUCGUCCCAUUAAAGACUUGGAGCUUGCCCCUGACAACAGCUACCUGGUUACGACACUUGAUAAUGUUGAUGUCUUAAGUGAUUGCACCGUAUAUCAACCACGGCAAGAACCCAGUGUGUCUCCACCAGGUGGAACAUACAGGGUACCACCAAACUCAACCUUUGACAUCCUCUACGACACUCUGGUGAACGGGUCACCAUGUAUUAUGUCCGACGGGGCGGAAAUCAAUGAGUGCAAUAAUGAGACAGCGUAUCUACUGUUGAAAAAAGAAUGUACCGAGAAUCUGGUCCACUUGAGUAUCCUAAUCUUGAAUAAUACAACGGUGACGUUUAAUGAAUCCAAUGUGAACUACACGAUCCAACCCUAUGAUCAAUACUCGGAAUAUGAAAUGGGACUAAGAUUUGGUCAAUGGUAAGAAGCCAAUUACAACAACUAUGCAUAACGAGGGAGAUACAUGC